CCUCGGGUAUACAGAAGUUUUCGUCCACGUUUGUUUCUUCACAAUUUUUAAGCUAAUGUCGAAAUGCUUGUUCAGAAGCACCAGAGUAAAUUUUUUCCUCUAUAAAAAGAAAAAUAAAUAAAAAUUCCUCCUGCUUAGCUUACUACUGGAUUUCUCUUCUAGAAAAUCUCGUGUAAUUAUGUGCGCCAAGCUCAAUUUCGCUUAUUCCAUAAAAUGCCCACUGAAAAUCAAUGAAGACAUCAGAUCAUUCUGCAGACAAGGGCAGGUGCAGAAGGCAUUAGAAGUAUUCCAAAUUGCAAACAAUCAAGCCAUACAAAUCGAACCCAAUAGCUAUGCAUCACUGUUAGAGGUAUGUACCAAAAACAAAGCUCUUUCAGAGGGAAAAAAUAUUUAUACCGGCCUUCUCUCAAAUGGUUAUAAGCUCGACUUGUUCUUAGGCACUAAAAUUUUGAGAAUGUACAUAGUUUGCAAUAGUCUGGUUGAUGCGCGUGAACUGUUUGACAAAAUGCCUAAGAGAAAUGUUCUAUGUUGCAAUGCAAUGCUGAGAGGGUAUAACAAAAAUGGGCUCUGGAAACAAACACUUGAACUUUAUUACACGAUACUGGGGGAAGGGACGGAACCUGACUGUUUUACGUUUCCCUGCGUUAUCAAAGCCUGUACCAAUUUGUGUGAUUUGGUACGGGGUAGAGAAAUCCAUACUUUUAUUGUUUCAAAGGGACUUGAGAAUGAUAAUUUUGUGGGUAGUGCCCUGAUAGACAUGUAUGCAAAAUGUGGCAGAAUGGAGUUUUCGAGACAAGUUUUUGAGAAAAUAAGUUCAAGGGAUGUUGUAACAUGGAGUGCAAUGAUUGCCGGCCUUGUGCAGAAUGGGUAUUGUAAUGAGGCCUUGAAAUGUUUUCUUCAAAUGCAAUCAGUAGGGGUGGUGCCUGAUCAGAUAAUUGUCACCAGCAUUCUGAAGGCCUGUACUGUAUUGUCAGAUAUAAAACACGGUGAGGAGAUUCAUGAUUAUGUAAUUAGAGGCAGGUAUGGAAAUGACAUUAUUGUGCAGAAUUGCCUCAUGGACAUGUAUACAAAAUGUGGGGAUAUGGAGGCUGCACGGCAUGUAUUUGAAAGCAUGCUUGAAAGGGAUGUAAUUUCGUGGAGUUCUAUAAUUGCUGGAUAUUCUCAAAAUGGGUAUUAUGAGGAAAGCUUGAAGCUGUUCAGGUGGAUGAUACUAGAAGAUGUCGCACCUAACUUUGUCACAUUUGCAAGUGUUCUUCCAUCCUGUGCUCGCUUAGAAAUUGUUAAACAGGGUAAGGAAAUUCAUGGCUAUAUAAUUCGAAAUGAAUUUGAGUUCACAGUGUUUGUAGCGAGUGCCUUAAUUGACAUGUAUGCUAAAUGUGGGAAUGUAGAUGCUGCACGAAAAGUGUUUGACGGGAUAUCUUGUAGGGAUGUAACCUUAUGGAAUUCUAUGAUUGCUAGCUAUGCUCAGAACGGGCAUUGCAGUGAGGCAAUGGAAUUAUUUUAUUGCAUUCAGCGGGAAGGCAAGAAGCCCGAUUCUGUCACUGUAGUGAGUAUUCUCCCAGUUAUUUCCCACUUAUCAACUUUGGGACAGGGAAAAGAGAUCCAUGCUUAUGUAAUGAGAAAUGCAUUUGAGUGUGAUGUUUCUGUUGGGAAUGCUCUCAUAGACAUGUAUGCAAAAUGUGGGAGCAUAAGGUUGGGACAACUUAUAUUUGAUAGAAUGCUAAGAAAGACUCUGGUUUCAUGGAACACAAUGAUUGCAGGACAUGGAAUGCAUGGGCAUGCUGAAGAUGCACUUGCACUCUUUUACCAAAUGCAAAAGUCAGGCAUGAAGCCUGAUUGUGUUACCUUUAUUGCUCUUCUAUCAGCAUGCAGCCAUGCAGGCCUUGUGGAUAAAGGUUGGCAAUAUUUUGAAAUAAUGAAUCGAAAUUAUAACAUCAUACCUAGAAUGGAGCACUAUGCUUGCAUGGUUGAUCUACUUGGACGAUCUGGCUGCCUUGAUGAGGCACUAGACUUUAUAAAAAAGAUGCCAUUAAAACCUGAUUUUAAUGUCUGGGGAAGCUUGCUUGGUGCUUGUAGAGUUCAUUGCAAUACAGAUAUAGCAGAAGUUGCAGCAGAAAAUAUUUUUGAGUUAAGACCUGAUAAUGCAGGAUACUAUGUUGUGCUUUCAAACAUCUAUGCAGCUGUAGGCAGGCGGGCAGAUGUAGAAAAAGUGAGAGCAAUGAUGAGAGAUAGGGGUUUGAAAAAGGAGCCAGGUUGCAGUUGGAUAGAGGUUGAUAACAGGAUUCAUUCAUUCCUUGUUAGGGACAAAUCACAUCCACAAUCAGAUAACAUAUAUGCAAAAUUGGAUAAAUUGCUACAACAGAUGCGAGCAGCGGGAUAUGUGCCUGACACAUCAUUUGUGUUGCAUGACGCAUAAGAGCAUAUUUUUCUCCAGAGGUUAAAAGUUUUGUAGUUUCCUUAAUGAUUAUCAAGACAUUUCUUGGAGGUCUGUUUUCAUCAAGUAAUGCUAUAAUGCUAUUGAUGUGGAAUGUUCUGUGAAGAGUCUGUCAUUUUGGUGCAUUAAACAUACAGGUUUAUUUUAUUGUGGAUUCUAACAGGCACCAAUAGAGAUAAUGCUAUUGAUCUUAUCACAGAAAUGUAGCCAUCAUUAUAAUUUCAUAUUCACAGUAAAGAGCUGAAGCUUUCCCUUUCUAUGAAAAUAGUUGAUUUAUAUUUAUCAGAAACGGUGUUUUGUGGAAAGUAGAAAACAGGUUGAAAGACCAUAUUAAAGCUUACUUAUUGGGAAAUCAAAGACGGUGAUAAGGAACAAAUGAAGAGGGUGCAAUUUGCUCUUUUUUGAACCACCUGCCAUUAGAGUUGAAUAACCAAUUUCUCUGAGAGUAAAUUGCCAGAAACAACAACCUAUGUACAGCCUUUGGAUGAUUGGCAUUAUACUGUCGUUGACAGGAGAAGAAUACUUAAGCAAUAACAGGACAAUUUGGGUAUUCAGUCACAUAAGUGAUUAUCUGUAAUUAUGGUUGGCAGUAUUUUGAUAACAUGACUUGCAAUCGUCAUACAAUACUUAAAUAGAGGAUCUUUGUGCUUCAGUGGUUGUCCUUGGUUCAAGAGAAGAGAACUGGGUCAAUAAGACAAUUUGAGCACUUAGUCAUCUAAGUGAUUAUGUGCAGUUAUAGUUGGGAGUACUUUGAUUUCGACUUGUGGUUAUCAUACUAUAGUUAGAAUAGAGGACCAUUAUGCUUCAAUGGUUGUCCUUCUUGGCUGAGCUGUAUAUCUCAUGACUUUAUCAGUUGAGUGUCAAUACAACUUAUUCAUAUGAAGAAGCUUGCUUUGUUCCUGUAGAGCUCAAUGCAAUACACAUGGACAAGGACAUGCAGGGAAUAUAUUUUUCAAUUGAAUGUGUGAUACAUUGAAAUAUUACCUUCUUCUGUAAAAUAUUAAUGCCAGUUAGGUUAGGUUGGUUGAUGGAGGACCUGUCAAAGCAGCAGUAAAAGGGUAGUCUUUUAAAUAGCUGGUUGGUAACAGGACCUGUGCAUGUCUUGUAAAAAAACAGACAACAGCCAUAAAGUAAUACAACGAAUAAAGCCUAUUAGGGCAGAUAGAGCAUCAAGAAGUUCCUGAUACAUCGUUUUGGAAAUGUGUUGCGUAAGCUUAUGAUCCUUUGGAGCAAGCCUCUUGACAUACCGCUAAAGGAUCUGGAGGAUCUGUUCCAAUCCGAUACAGCCCUUGUUAUGAUUCUUGAUUUCUGGGUGGUAAGAACUUCAAAGAAUAUGAGCUUUUUUGGUCCUUAAACACAAAAGAUUCUUCGAGAUGCUUAUUAGAACAAGCAGAAAAGUUCAUUUGUAUCCGGUGUGUAUACCAUAUCUGCUUUGUUAUGAUUCUUUAUGCCCUGAUCGGAAUGGCUUCAAGGAAUAUGAUAUGUUUUGGUUCUUCAGGCACAAAAGA